UCCUACUUAAAAAACAUUAAACCAUGUGCAAGAUAAGAGUUAUUAAAAAAAAAAAAAAGCAUAAAAGGUGGUUGGUUUGGCCGCACUUGUCACUCAACACAACAGCAGCAGAGACAGAUAAAUCAUAAGAAAAACAGACGAUGAUGCGAUACAAAGAGGAAAAAGAAGCUAAGAAAGAAGCAUUUAGAAAAUAUCUUGAAUCAAGUGGAGCCGUAGACGCUCUCACCAAAGUUCUUGUUGCUUUAUACGAGCAAAACGAAAAACCUUCUUCUGCUCUUGAGUUCAUUCAACAGAAAUUAAGUUGUCCUUCCAUUUCAGAAUAUGAAAAAUUGCAAGCUCAAUUCUCUGAUCUACAAAUCAAAUACCACAACACCUGCAAAGAGUUGGAAGAAAUAAAAAGCUCCAAUGCCCUGGCAAUGACAUCUACCAAGGAAACAACUGAGAGUGAAUCACCAGCUAAAGAUAAUUCUUGAAGGUUACAUUACAUUAGUAUUUAACCUGGUUUUCAGUUUAUCUGAUGCUUUUCUUUUUCUUGAGUAAUUAUUAUAAGUAUAUUUUGGUUUGUUCAUUGUUUCUCUUGUAUUUGCACGGUUAUGCAUUGUAAUCACCCCCUUCCCUAAUUGUUUUUUCUCUUCCUUUUACUUGUGUUCUGAUUUAUAUUUGUAAAAUGGUAUUGAUUUCUUAUCAAGUUAUCAUGAUAUCCCAAAAAAGACUCUAACAGAACCCACUUGCUUAGUGGAUUACAAUGAACUGUGAUGGAAUGUAUUUUUGUUUUAUUAUAAUUCGAACUGUUUGCUUGUCCU